CUUAGGUGAAGUGUUAUUACAUUAUACAUAUUCAUUUGCACUUCACAACUUCGAUACGAUGACAAUUUCUGUUGUCAGGGCAAUUAAAAUAAUCGAUGAUCACCUCUCGACAACGAAAAGGCAUAAUGUCGACCUCACAAACAACAGUUCGUCUAAACUUCCUAUAGUAAAGAAUGUUAGAAUAAAAGACGCGAUGUGCGCACGAAACUCUCGAGAAUUCGAGCCGCGUUUGACCCUCCCGGCAUUUUGCGUCGAAUGGCGGGGAGGACCAUCUCCCAUUAGUAGCAACCAGGGUUCAUCGAAAUGCUCGGCUGCUGAGAUUUUGAGCUUUAGGAGAGAUCGGUCCGACCUAAAGAAUGUCGACGAUGAUCCAAAUGUGUGUGUUCCCGAUCAAUCGCACGUGACUUCUCCCCAACCCCCUCACAAAGACUUAGUUAAGGGUUCGGUGAAUCCUUUCGGACCCCCCAAGUCCAAUGCGUUGAUUGACAAAAAUCGUCUCUGCCGAAACUGCAUCCAGCGCCACGUGCAUGGGGCCCUUGGUCUGCGAGAGAGUCCCUAUGGCGAACCCGGCUUCGUGUACACCGCCCUACCGCGGCAUUGCAUGAAAGAAAAUCGCCGACUCCUUGGCUAUACAGACUAUUUACCCAUUGAUAACCUACAUGGCGGCGUACUGCUCCCGGAGCAGCCAAGACAAGGCGUUAUUGCUGUACAUUUUUCUCGAAUUCCAUCGGACCAUCUUUUAGGUGGUGUGAAUCUUCCUUAUGACAGGUCUUAGAUUCGUCUAGAUUAACGUUUCACCUAAUAUUUUUUGUUUUUAUUUGAUCAAACACCAAUUGAUGUGCGUUUUAUUUUUUACUCAGAUUCAUAUGUAUUACUCUAUCUAUCUUUUUACUAUUAUAUAUAUAAAUAUCAAUAUAUACAUAUAUAUAAUCUUAUAUAUCCUUAUUAUCUAUAAGUUCAUGUAUACAUUUUCGAGCUUUUCAUUUUUUUUCAUUUUUAA